GGCCAUGCAGCGGCGAAACCUUGCACCGACCUCUUUCUUCUACAGUCGUAAUGGGUAUCGAUAUCAAGAGACACCACGUCAAGAACGGCCACAGACAGGCUCCCAAGUCUCAGGACGUCUACUUGGCUCUCUUGGUCAAGCUUUACCGCUUCCUUGCUCGCCGUACCGACGCCAACUUCAACAAGGUUGUCCUUAAGCGUCUCUUUAUGUCCCGCAUUCACCGACCUCCCGUCUCUAUCUCCCGCAUUGUUCGCCACACCAAGGCCCAAGAGGGUAAGACCGUUGUCGUUGUUGGUACCAUCACUGAUGACUCUCGCUUGUUGGAGGUCCCCAAGCUCUCCAUUGCUGCCCUUCGUUUCACCAAGACCGCUAAGGCUCGCAUCAUCAAGGCCGGUGGUGAAGUCCUCACCCUUGAUCAGCUUGCUCUUCGUGCUCCCACUGGUUCCAACACCGUCCUCCUCCGUGGUGCCGUCAACGCUCGUGAAGCCGUCAAGCAUUUCGGUAUGGGUCCCCACAAGAACAAGAAGCCUUAUGUUCGCAGCAAGGGCCGCAAGUUCGAAAAGGCUCGUGGCAAGCGUUCAUCUCGCGGCUUCAAGGUUUAAAAACAUUACUCAAUGUCUCAGCCAUCCUAUUAUGCAACCCAAAAAUACAAACAAUGAACAUUUUUUUUCCACCAUACUUUGGCGACUUUUUUGUUUUUUCCCCCAACUUUUACAGUUUUCUCUGCUCCAUGC